CGUAAAAUGUCAAGUUCGACAGAGGACGUCUAAUCAGUCGGUGUAAAACCACUGGGAUCGCUGGAACGGAACAGAAUAUUGCUUUGAAAACAUGAUGGCCCGAGAAAACUACAGGGAGAAUUCAACGGAACACAAAAACAGCUCCAUCUUGGUUGGAUCAAUCACGUUAUUUUCGGUUCUUUUAAUUAUUCUCAGUUUUCCGUUCUCGUUAUUCGCCUGCUUUCGCAUGGUUCAGGAAUACGAACGGGCAGUUCUAUUUCGUUUGGGUCGAAUCAAGGAGGGAGGACCUGUGGGCCCUGGUAUCUUCUUCAUUAUCCCUUGCAUGGACCAGAUUGUGGUCACGGACCUGAGGACCGUCUCCUUUGACGUUCCUCCCCAGGAGGUGCUCACCAAGGACAGUGUAACAGUUUCGGUGGAUGCUGUGGUCUAUUACCGCAUCAGCAGUCCUUUGGCAGCCGUUUGCAAUGUGGUUGAUUACGCUAAGAGUUCCAAGUUAUUGGCUUCGACCACGCUCCGCACAAUGCUAGGCACUAAGAGCCUUUCAGAGAUCCUAUCGGAUCGUGAAACCAUUGCCAAAGACAUCUUGGCCUUGCUAGACACUGCCACAGAUCCUUGGGGCAUCCAGGUUGAGAGGGUGGAGGUGAAAGACGUUCGACUACCUUUUCAAUUACAAAGAGCCAUGGCAGCUGAAGCGGAGGCGGCACGCGAGGCGCGGGCCAAGGUCAUCGCGGCCGAAGGUGAGCAAAAGGCCUCUAGAGCCUUGAAGGAAGCUUCGGAUAUCAUCUCGGGCUCUCCGUCUGCCUUGCAACUCCGGUAUCUGCAAACCCUCACGAGCAUUUCGGCUGAAAAGAAUUCGACCAUUGUGUUUCCGUUGCCUAUUGAUAUGAUAAGUCAUUUGAUGUCCAAAUAGGCUAAAUGUCUCCGAAUCAAGUUUCGUUCAUCGACGAUGUAUACUUACUUACAUUGUUUACAUCGUGUACAUUUGGCACGAACCCAUUUGAAAGCUUUUUUUCCUUUUUGGCCUCCGCUCUUGUUGUUUGAAGCAUUGUUAAUGUCCGACUUUGGCAUUAAUUUUGCCAUUUUUAUGAAUAAAUUGCUUGAAGUGCCCAAA